AUGUCAUCCUUGGACGUUAACUCCUCUGUGGCACCGCUGAGCACACUGCCCCUUUCCCACGAUUCUCGAGAAGACACCGAAGCCUGCAUUUCGACCAAGAUAAUGGAGAGCAGCGCCGAGGGCAAGGGGGGAAACUUCGCCCAGGACGAAGGACACAUACUCUCAAUCGACGUUAACCCUUUAGAAGAUGGCAGUGCACGACUCACAGCCCGCCAAACACCUCUAGGGGAAAUCACUACCCUUAGCAGUGCGCUGCUUCUGAUCCUCUGCUUCCAGACCGUCGUUGCCGCAGGACUCCUCCUACUCGCUUAUUUCGGCUCCUAUAGCACCUCAGCCUGGCUGUUCGGCCAUUUCGUCCUGGUCAAAUACGCCUUCUUCUUUACCCAGAUUGUCGGUCUACGGCUUUACCACAAGAUCAUACAGCUUUCAAACGUCGAAGGGCUCCGAACACGCUUGCUCAAGAACUUCGUGGUGACCAUGAUCGGAAUGCUUCUGUUGGUUGCCAUGGUUUCGCAAAUGACGCGCAUUUACAAUUCCAUUUCCGAGGGUGUCAAGGACGUGCAACUCUGCUUAGAAGGUCUGCGAGAGAUCCAACAAGAGCAGGGUGACUUCAAGGACAAGUUCUUGUAUUGUAUAUCCCUGUUUGCAGGCGGUCGGAAUCAGCGGCAAAUUUGA